UUCUUGUUAAGCUCAGGUUUUCUUUCAUUCCGUUCCUGAACCGAAGUUGUCACUGCUGAGAGUACAGUUUCGUGUAGGUUAUCUCCUGGGUUUUCUGUAAUGCGUUUGUUGCCGAGGAGAAUUCGCCUUCCAGAUAAGUCAUCUGAUCAGAUUUCGUGGUUAUUGCGAAUAGAGUAAAAGUAUUAAUUUAUUUAAGAACCACAUAUUUUUUUGCCGAAUUGGGAUUCUUUUUUGGUUAUUUUUUCAUUUGAAUUUGUAGUCUGUGAAUUUUGGGUGGUUUUGUUUAUGUAAUUGUAGAGAAUUGGGGUGUUUGAGGAUUUUGGGUCAGAACAGAUUUUGUGGGCUGGUGAGUUACUAGGGAUUUUGUGGUUCUGAAUUGGUUGUAUUGCGGAGAAGCUCGGUCUCGACUCUUGAUUGAGUAGUGACCGAUCUUCUUUGGUUCUGUGUGGGUCUAAUUGUAUAGGAUUAUUACAAGGUCUUUGAUUGGAGGAAAAUUAGAGGUAUUGUUUCCCGAUUAGCGAUGGGGAAGCCUACAGGGAAGAAGACGACACAGGCAGAAGGGAAACCUGGGGGUGCAAAUGCGAAGAACAAGGCGGGAGACCAGGGCACAAAAGCCUACGACGAGGACACGGCCGUCUUCAUCACUAUGUCUCAGGAGCUGAAGGAGGAAGGGAACAAGCUCUUUCAGAAGAGGGAUUGUGAAGGAGCAAUCUUAAAGUAUGAAAAAGCCCUCAAGUUGCUGCCCAGAAAUCACAUAGAUGUAGCCCACCUCCACAGUAACAUGGCUGCUUGUUACAUGCAGAUGGGUCUGGCCGAUUACCCCAGGGCCAUCAGAGAGUGCAAUUUGGCUCUUGAAGUGGCUCCCAAAUACAGUAAAGCUCUACUGAAGAGGGCGAGGUGCUAUGAAGCUAUCAAUAGACUUGAAUUAGCCCUGAGAGAUGUUAAUACGGUUCUUAGCACAGAACCGAAAAAUCUCACGGCAUUGGAGCUUGUAGAAGGGUUGAAAAAGGCAAUUGAGAAGAAGGGCAUCCAGGUGGAUGAUAAAGGAAUCAUUUUGACUCCAGAAUAUAUUGAACCUCCUUUAGCUUCACCUGUGUGUAAAGUAGUUAAAGAGAAGAAGAAAAAGAAGAGCCACAAAAACGAGGAGAAGAAAACCGAAGAUAACUACGAUGAAAAGAAAGCUGAAGAUAAGGUGGUUGUGGAAGAAAAUGUUAGUACCAUCAAGGAAGAAGAAGCCACAAGAACAGUGAAAUUGGUGUUUGGGGAGGAUAUAAGGUGGGCGCAAUUACCGGUUAAAUGUAGCAUUGUGCAGCUAAGGGAGACAAUUCGAAAUCGCUUCCCGAGCUCAAAGGGAGUUCUCAUCAAAUACAGGGACCAAGAAGGUGACUUGGUUACAAUCACAAAAACUGAAGAGCUGAGAUGGGCUGAAGAAUCAGCUGAUUCACAGGGUUCUCUAAGACUGUACAUUGUAGAAGUUAAUCCUGAGCAGGAGCCCUUAUUUGAGGCAGUGGAAAAUGGUAAAGAGGAGGAAAAGCCCAGGAAGAACCGAAAUAAAAUUGCUGAUAAUGGGAAUGGAGAAAUGGAAACUGGGUCAACUUGUAUUGAUGACUGGAUCAUCCAGUUUGCUCGUUUGUUCAAAAACCAUGUUGGGUUCAAUUCCGAUGCUUAUUUGGAUCUUCAUGAACUUGGGAUGAAGCUUUACUCAGAAGCUAUGGAUGAUACCAUUACGAGUGAAGAAGCUCAAGACCUUUUUGAUAUUGCGGCAGAUAAGUUUCAAGAAAUGGCAGCUCUAGCCCUGUUCAACUGGGGAAACGUUCACAUGUCCAGGGCAAGGAAAAGGGUGUUCUUCACAGAAGAUGCUUCAAGAGAAUCCAUACUUGAACAGGUUAAAACAGCAUAUGAGUGGGCACAAAGAGAAUAUGUGAAAGCAGGAAAGAGAUAUGAAGAGGCUCUACAAAUCAAACCUGACUUCUAUGAAGGCCUUCUUGCACUUGGGCAGCAACAAUAUGAGCAAGCAAAACUUUCUUGGUAUUAUGCUAUAGGGAGCAAAGUUGAUUUGGAGACAUGGCCAUCUUCAGAGGUUAUAGAGCUUUUUGACAGUGCUGAAGACAACAUGGAGAAGGGAAUGCAGAUGUGGGAAGAAAUGGAGCAGAGACGCCUUAACGAACUUUCCGAACCAGAUAAGGUAAAAACCCAGUUGCAGAAAAUAGGGUUCGAUGGGCUAUUUACAGAUGUAUCAGCAGAAGAAGCUGCAGAUAAGGCUGCAAAUAUGAUAUCUCAAAUAAAUAUUUUAUGGGGUACUAUACUGUAUGAGAGAUCUAUUGUUGAAUUUAAAUUAGGAAUGCCUGUCUGGGAGGAAUGUCUGGAGGUUGCUCUUGAAAAAUUUGAACUUGCUGGAGCUUCUCCAACUGACAUUGCUGUUAUGAUGAAGAACCAUAGCUCAAAUAAAACUUCACUAGAAGGUUUGGGGUUCAAAAUUGAUGAGAUAGUGCAGGCAUGGAAUGAGAUGUAUGAUGCUAAAAGGUGGCAGAGUGGUGUUCCAUCCUUCCGGCUGGAACCAUUAUUUAGAAGACGAGUUCCAAAACUUCAUCAUAUCUUGGAGCAUGUGUGAAUUCUUUAAGUUAGCUGCAUCAGAUCUGAGCCGACAUUCUUUAGAGCAGUGAAGAGAUUCAGUCUUGCUGCACCAUUGUCAUGUAGCUGCAAACUGAAUGAAAUAGGUAAUCUCUGCACUCAUAGGUAUCUUAUGCUACAUGGGUCAUUCUUUAUGUGCCAUUAGAAACAAGCAAGAGACGAAGGUUGUUGGUUUUGGAAUGGAGUUUUGUGUUUAAGCCAAGGAGCCAAUUAUGUCAAAUAAUUUCCAUCUGGGGAACGAGAAGCUCUUAUCUCGUAAAGGACCAUAUGAAGAAGCAGAAACUUCUUUUUGUUGGUUUCUGCAUCUGCCCCCAGUUUCUUUCAAGAUUUUCAAACAUUAGGUAGAAGAUUGCAUUUGUAAUUUAUUCUUAUAAUAACACGCUUGUAAUGAUAUAUGGAUUGUUGUCUAGGUCUGUGAUCUAUUGUUACACACCAGUGUGCUCAUUUGUAAUUUUUGUGAGUUCUAUGUAGAGAGAAACAGUUUUCUUUUUAU